ACCUGUGCCAUAUGGACUAUCUGUCUCCCGCAACUGUGCACCAGAAGCAGCAGCAUCAAUGUCAAUGCCAGCAGCAGCAGCAGCACGGGCAACAGCAGCAGCAGCGCCGCAAGCACCAGUGCUACCAUGUCUCUGCCCAUGCGCGUGGCCUCAGCAGCGCUAGGCAGUUGCUUCCAGGCGUGCAACAUUAUGCUGCCAGGGACCACCUUCGAUCCCCCUGAUAGCAUCACCUGCGCCCAGGCAUUCACUCUCUUCGAGGCGUCUCUUCAAACGCCCUCAUGCUCCGAUAUGCUCUCGGAGUCCCCACCAGCAGCACCCUCCCAGCCACCUACUGCAGCAGCAGCACCAACAGCACCAGCAAUGUCAGCAGCAGCACCAACACCAGCAGUGUCAGCAGCAGUGGAGACAUCAGAAGCAUCGAGUUCCCUCUCUGCUCGUUUGCUUCUUGAGUCCUUCGCUCCCGAGCUCCACCCCAUGUCCUCCUCCCCGCAACCCUCGUGGCCUGCCAUAUCUCUAUUGCAUCCCUGGACUGGCAUGGAAUCAGUGCAUCAGCACCACCAGCGGCUGAGGCAGAAGUUAAGGGAGGAGCGGGCCGUGGCUCCCAGCCUCCACCCUCCCAGCCUCCAUGCUCCUCACGAGAGUGCCAGUGCUGUUCGCUCCAGUCGCCAGCUCUUUCCCUCCGCACCGACCGUGCCUGGCCCUUUCCUCUCAG